AUGAAGGCUCUCAUUCUUGUCGGUGGCUUUGGCACCCGUCUCCGCCCACUCACUCUGACCCUCCCAAAACCUUUAGUCGAAUUCGGUAACAAGCGCAUGAUUUUGCAUCAAGUUGAAGCCUUGGCAGAAGCUGGAGUCACAGAUAUUGUGUUGGCCGUCAAUUAUCGUCCAGAGGUUAUGGAAAAGUAUUUGGCUGAGUACGAGGAAAGAUUCAACGUUAAAAUCACAUUCUCCAUCGAAUCCGAACCAUUAGGUACAGCCGGUCCUCUGAAGCUCGCAGAAGAAAUUCUCGGAAAGGAUGAUGCUCCUUUCUUCGUUCUCAACUCGGAUGUCAUCUGUGAAUAUCCUUUCGCAGAUUUGGCUGCUUUCCACAAGAAGCACGGUGAUGAAGGUACCAUUGUCGUAACCAAGGUUGAAGAACCAUCCAAAUAUGGUGUCGUUGUCCAUAAGCCAAACCACGCAUCCAGAAUCGAUCGAUUCGUAGAGAAGCCCGUCGAAUUCGUUGGAAACCGCAUUAACGCUGGUAUCUACAUCUUGAACCCAAGUGUCCUCAAGCGCAUCGACCUCCGCCCAACCUCCAUCGAACAAGAGACUUUCCCUGCCAUUUGCGCCGAUGGUCAAUUGCACUCUUUCGACUUGGAAGGAUUCUGGAUGGAUGUUGGGCAACCCAAGGAUUUCCUCUCCGGAACUUGUCUUUAUCUCUCCUCCCUUACCAAGAAGGGCUCCAAGCUCCUUACUCCACCCAAUACCCCAUACGUACACGGCGGCAAUGUCUUGAUCGAUCCUUCUGCCAAGAUUGGCAAGAACUGCCGCAUUGGUCCCAACGUAACAAUUGGUCCUAAUGUUGUUAUCGGUGAUGGUGUCCGUUUACAACGUUGUGUUCUCCUCGAGGGCUCCAAAGUCAAGGAUCACGCUUGGGUCAAGAGCACCAUCGUAGGCUGGAACUCUACUAUCGGUAAAUGGGCACGUUUGGAAAAUGUCAGUGUAUUGGGUGACGACGUUACGAUUGGUGAUGAGAUUUAUGUAAACGGAGGUAGCAUUCUCCCACAUAAGAGCAUCAAGGCUAAUGUUGACGUUCCGGCCAUUAUUAUGUAA